AUGUCGUCUCAAACCAUCCAUGACGACCGCGAUCUCGACUUUAUCAUCGGUCUCUCCUUUCAUAAACUCGAACAAGUAACGCACAGCGGCCAAUCCAAAGGUGGAGGUGGUUUGCUUCCUUUUGUGCUUAUUCGCAACGCUCUCAUUUCUCAACCACCUCGAGCCUCUUACCCGUACAAUGUCAUCACCCAUGAUGAUGACAAUGAGGAUAGCAUCGAAGCAUCCAUUCAACAAGACGAAGCCAUUUGUGUUGAGCAGGAUUUGUUAAAACAAGAAGAGGAACACAUUUGGCUCGAGGCAUGUUUUGAUGAGCUACAAGAUGAUCCCAUGUUGGAGCACCAGCUGCAACACGAGGACACCCAAAAUGAUGACGACGAAGAGGAUGACAGUCUCAUGCUCGAUGAUUUUGGCGAUAUGAUGUUCAUGUCGGCCGCAAAGCGUGCUGGUAUCAAACCAAGCUACCUCACGAGUAGUAAUGGUAUCAGCAAACAGCCAUCAUCCUCUUUUCAUUUGACACCCACAAGCAAUCAACAACAACAGCAAUAUCAAUAUUGA